UUCAUUGUGAACAACAUGGUUUUCGCUUUUGAGAACGACUUUGUCCGAAAAAUGGCUUCGUCCAUCUGGACAAGCAUCGCCAUCAGCGUGCUUCUGAGCAGCGCUUCAGCUAGCGCCCCUGAAGCCCCUGUGAUCCCCACCGAAGGAGGCAGAGUGUCUGGGGUGGCAGAAGAGGCGACGGAGGGCAAAGUCUUCUACUCUUAUUACGGCAUUCCGUUCGCCGAGCCUCCCGUGGGCGAUCUUAGGUUCAAGGACCCCGUAGCGAGCAGGGGCUGGACGGGUAUCAAAGAUGGGUCUAAGAUGCCCUCGCCAUGCGUCAACUUACCCUUCGGUAUCAUGGUCUUUGGGAUUAAAAUACCGGCCGAACAGAUGCCCGGGAAGGAGGACUGUCUGUACCUGAAUGUGUUCCUGCCGAAGGCUGCUGCUGAUGCAGUUGCCUCAACAAAAAAGGGCAGCGCCCUUCCGGUGAUGGUGUUUAUUCACGGCGGAGGAUUUUUUGGAGGCGCCGCUGAGGAGUACUUGCCUCACGUGCUAAUGAAUAAGGAUAUUAUCCUCGUGGUCAUUCAGUACAGGUUAGGAUUCUUAGGUUUCCUAUCGACGGAAGACUCGGUGAUCCCCGGAAACUUCGGCCUAAAAGACCAGACUUUAGCCCUGCAGUGGGUUCAAAGGAACAUCCACAACUUCGGAGGGGAUCCCAAGAGGGUUACGAUCUUCGGGGAGAGUGCGGGUGGUGCGUCCGUCCAUUUUCAGAUGCUGACGCCCAAAGCCAAAGGUCUGUUUAGCGGAGUCAUCAUGCAGUCAGGAUCGGCCAUCGCUCCGUGGGCCACGAACUCCGACCACAAGAAAUGGGCCGCCAAGGUUGGAUCGUCCGUCGGCUGCAGCCUAGACGCAGGCAGCGAAGCCUUCCUGAAAUGUUUGCAGAAAGCCGACGCCCGCAAGAUCAACAUUUUGUCUCAGGAUUUGCUUCAAUGGUUUCUUUUGCCUGUUAUGGCAGCGCCAAGGGUGGACGGAGAUUAUAUACCGGACCACCCAGCCAAGCUCAUGAAGGAGGGGCGAUACACCAAAGUCAACUUGAUGUCGGGGAUCACUGCCAACGAAGGCGCCUGUCUCACGCAACCUAUGUACAACACCCAGAGGCACCUUAUAGACGAACUGAGAGCGAACCUCGAUACCCUGGGGCCAGUAAGUUUUUCUCUGAGUGAGAAUAAGUCGCUUAGCAACACAAAACAGAUCUACAACUACUAUUUGGGAGGGUCUAACUUUGGCCUGCCCUACGCUGAGGAAUUCACACAGAUGAUGGGCGACAUGUUCUUCAACUUGUGCCACGACGUAGUGACCUCGUAUCACGCCCGGGAGGAGGGCGUGUUAACCUUCAGGUACGAAAUGGCUCACCGAGGUCAGAUCUCCUUUGGCGAUUUCCCUGGUAUCGAGAUUGGUAGGCACUGGGUUCCACACGCCGACGACUUACUGUACCUGUUUCGAGUGGCCCCCUUGCUGAAGCUGCCAGACCAGCCUGCUGACAAGCCCCUGGAGUUGUCCAGUGCGGAGGACCUCUUCGUCAGGAACGUCAUGCUAACAGCGUGGACGAAUUUCGCCUACUACGGGAAUCCUACGCCUGACGAUUCCCUGGGCUUCCGGUGGGAGCCUGCCACCGAAGGCGAUUUCCGCUAUCUCGAGAUUUCGGCCACGCCCUCCAUGAAGGGUGACUCGAGGGAAGACACAAGAAAGUUCCUCCUGUCAGUACCAAUUAAGACAAACGUCAUUUUAAAUCCAAGUCUCAUCACGGAAGAUGACCUCGAUGGUGGAAGGAGAGGUCACGAGAAGGACGAGCUUUGAACACCAGUUUUCUAUCACUUUUAAUUUUUUUUAAUUUAGCAGAAACUUUGGGCUAAAAGAUGAAAAUCAGGAGGCUUGAGAGAUAUAUGUUUGUAAAUGACAGAUUCCUAAUGUGCUAUAUUUUCUACUAAACUUUGUAAAUGGUAGAUUCCUAAUGUGUUAUAUUUUCUAUUAAACUUUCUUCAUA